CGUUUGUAUUAUUUAUUUAAUUAAUAUUUAUUUAUUUUGGACAGAGUCGAUAAUUUCAUAAUUUCUAUUUACAUUAAUUCAAAGAGCAAAAAAAGCAUAAAUUUAUACACAACCAAGCAAUGCUCACAGGCCCUGUGCGUCCCGCUGGAGCUAUCGCCCGCUCCACAAGCAAUGCGUCCUCCGAGGCUGCAAUCCUCGUGGCAGUGCGCGUGCGGCCGUUCAACAACAAAGAAAAGACACACCUGGCGCGACCAACUAGCUCACAAUUCGGACCAACAGCGCGCAACUUUAUGAACUACGACGACACACAGGACCAGCAACACCAGCCUGGAUCGCAAACUAUCCGCAAAGUGGUCCACACAAUCGACGACCACAUCCUGGUUUUUGACCCGCCAGACGAGGACGACAACAGCCGGCGAGCAACGGUUGGAGCCAGCAACAAAAGACAUAAGGACAUUCGAUUUGUUUUUGACAGGGUAUAUAACGAAGACAGCACGCAGCGCGAUGUUUACGAGGGCACCACGCGUGGGCUGCUCGACUCGGUGAUGAAUGGGUAUAAUGCGACGGUGUUCGCUUACGGCGCCACAGGAUGCGGCAAGACAUACACUAUCAGUGGGUGUCUCGAGGACCCUGGAGUCAUAUUCCUGACCAUGCAGGAGCUGUUUGAGAGACUGACGGCAGCCGAGGACGAGAAGAUUGUUGAGAUAACGCUGUCCUACCUUGAGGUGUACAACGAAACCAUCCGCGACUUGUUGGGCGCAGAUACGGCCAAUGCGCCGCCACUGGCGCUGCGCGAGGACGCGGACCAUGGCGUCACAGUGUCGGGUUUAAGCGAGCACGUGCCGAACACUGUCGACGAGGUCAUGGAGCUGAUGAUGCGGGGAAACGCGAAUCGCACAAUGAGCCCGACCGAGGCCAACGCCGUAUCCUCUCGCAGCCACGCUGUGAUGCAAGUGAACGUGCGGCAAAAGCCCAAAGACGGCGGCUUGCAGACAGACGUGACCUCGGCGACCCUCAGUAUAAUCGACCUGGCCGGCAGCGAGAGAGCAACGGUGGCCCGCAACAAUGGCGCAAGAAUGCGCGAGGGAGCCAACAUCAACCGCUCGCUGUUGGCGCUGGCCAACUGCAUCAACGCCCUGUGCGACCAAAAGACCAAGCGGCACAUCCCUUACCGCGACUCCAAGCUCACGCGACUGUUGAAGUUUUCGCUGGGCGGGAACUGCCGUACUGUCAUGAUCACGUGCGUGUCCCCAACCUCGACGUACUACGAGGAGACACAUAACACGCUCAAGUACGCCAACCGCGCGAAAAACAUCAAAACGACGGUGGCCAAGAACACAAAGUCGACGCAGAUGCACUUGGCGCAAUACCAGGGCAAGAUCCGCGACCAGAGCGAGGAGAUUAAGCGUUUGCAGCGCGAGAUCGGGCUGCUCAAAAACCGGUCCUCGAAUUCCAGCAGCGCUGCGACGUCCAGCCGCGGAGCCACUAGUGCCCAGGCAGCCCAGGCCAUGGCCGAACUGCGCAAGCAGACGCAGGCCGUACAGGUCGUGCAGGACAUGCGCAACAAGAUGGCCAACGCCUAUGCGCCCAUCCGCGAGGCCAAGUGGGAGCAUGCGUCGGCGUGCUCCAUCGGGCAAUGGUACGACUACCACAUUGAUGCGCUCAAGGGCUGGCGUGAGCAGUUUGAGAUGCUAUUUCAGGAGCACCAGCAUCUGGGCAGCCAGGAGUCGAUGGACAUCGACGGCGAGAACGACCAGCGGCUGAACAGCCAGUCGGUGAAUCUCCGGCAGCAGGUCGACGAUCUCUUGCGCGAGCUCACUCGCGAGCGCAAGACUAUCAGCCGACAUGCUGAGCACUCUGAACAGCUAAUCGAACGCAAUGUAUAUAUGGCCGAUCGUGCUGCGCAGCUGCCACCCUCGGUUCAGCUCACGGCCGAGCAGCGAUACCACGUUGACCAGGAGCACCGCGUGCUGGAUCUCUGGGCCGAGCGCAAUGGUUUGCGCCGCCAGGUCGAGUUGGCUGAGCACGUCGCCGAUAGCCUGGCCUCGCAAAACACCUUGUUGCUCCGCCUGACGGCCGCAUGCAUCUACAACCUCAAGCGCGCUAUGCACGAUGUGCGCCGACUGGGUGGCGAGUCCAGCAAUGCUGAGCGGUCUAUCGAUUUGGUGUAUAUGCAAGCCAUUUCUGCUUACGGCGAAGUGACCCAUUCUGUCAAGAACUCGAUGAAGCGCGUGCAGGAGGCCGGUGGCCCCUCCAAGCUGCAGGUCAACGGGUCGACAGUGACCCCGCCCUCGCCAUAUGUUCCACGCGCAGUCAAGGGCGGCAGCAAUGCUGCUGCAAAGAAUCGCUCGCCGACCUCCACAGAUAACCAACAGCGCGCGAACAGUCGCAAUCCCAACACGGCAGCCAUUUCUGCGGCUGUCGCCGGCACUACGCGCGCCAGGCGAGUGACCAUGGUGAUGGGUGCGCCGGCGCUAUCUGCAAACGCGGGGGCAACAAUUGCACCCGGGCGCCAUGUUCGGAUUUCGCCUGUCAAGCGGAAUCAGACCGUGAUGGGCCGGACCGCCGUGCGCUUUAAUAAUUUAUCGGUCGACUCUGCUCGCCAGCGCCCAGCAGCACAAUCGGGGAAACUGGCUGCUCCCGCCAACAAUGGUUCGUCCGGAUCAAACGGCACAGCAACAUCCACAACUACAGUCGCAACACGUGGCGCAGUGCGCCUGCAGUCUCGUCGUGCAGCGGUCAGUCGGCGGCGGAAUAGCAGCGGCAAUGCCGACACAAUAGCCGCUGCGCUGCGCAGCAACAUUGCCAUCACCAGCCCAGUACCUCGCAUGGCCUCCAGAUUCUCCAACGAUGAUGGCUCUUCCGUGUCACUUCCGUCGCCGACAAUGAGCAAUGGGACCAACUCGUCGCCAACAAACACAGCGACUUCAUGGGCUAGCGCUGAGACCAGCCCCCACCAUGAGCCGCUGCCUGCUGCUGCCCGCCCGAUCAAGGGUAUCUUAAAGGGGUCUGUGACUAAUAAAGCCAGCGCGUCGGCCGCGGGUGAUGCGCACGGGCCUGGUCCUGUUCGUUUAGGAAGCAGCCGCAAAAAGUCCCGUCAUGCGCGCAAUAUGGCCAACCCUACUGCCAGAGCAACUGCAACGCCCACCAAGCAGGCCACAGGGAGUAUUCGCGAACUGACUUUCAAGUCGCUUGCAUCCGCCGGCGCGUCUGCUGUCCCUGUUCCUGCGGGCCUACGUCUACAUCUGCAGCCGCGCGCCGCCGCCGCUGCCAAUGCUGCUGCCAAUGCCUUGAAUGCUGGAAAGAGGCCUGUCUGGCGUUGAUUCUCAUCAUUCGUCCACAAACAUUCUUCUAGUUAUUCAUUUUUCACUUGCUUUAUAUACUGUAUAAAUUUGUUACUCUUUU